GCCAGAGGGGCUACAUCGGCAUUUCUGUUAUUUCAGCUCCCAUUCACUUCGCAAUGAUAGCAGAUGCUGAGUUAGAGGAGAGAUUCCUUAAGGCGCAGAAUGUUUUGCAUUACGUGAGUAGGCCCGUUGCCUUUUUGGGAAUGUGGCCAGUGAACAUAACCACUGGCAGUCGGAUAAGAAUGGUUCUAUAUUUCAUAUACCACAUUUAUCGAAUGGGAAUGGAAUUCAUCGAUCUCGUCAUGGUUUUCGGGAAUCUUGAACAAGUAAUUGAAAAUCUCAUGAUAACCGGGACACAAGUUGCCAUCAUGAUGAGACUUACAUUUCCAAGAUUUACCUCGAGUAUGCGUCGAGUGAUCGAUGGAUUAAGUGACAUGCAUCAACGUGAUAACUUCACUGAUACCAGAGAAAUGGAAAUCUUCAUCGAAUAUAGUGAAAUUUGCGAAAAAUGUUACAGGAUUGUGGUAUGGUCUGCUACUUUUGCUUGUGCCUCCUGGUAUCUACUACCGGUGCAGACAUAUCUCAUCGUUAAAAUUCGCAACGGAACAUUCACAUAUGCAUCUCCUUGGCGAAUGCCUCCGUUUGAAGCGAUGGAGAAACCCGAGGUGGUGAUUUUACUCCACCUUAUUGAGAUACCAGUGGCAUAUUUGACUGCUUGUUAUUCAUUGACAUAUUGCAUAUACUUUACGCUGAUAAAUCAUAUCCGGGGUCAAUUAGUCAUCAUGAGUCAUAAAAUCAGAAAUCUCAACGUCGAUCCUGUAACAAAUAUGAGGAAAAUAUUCAAUCCCAUAGUUGAAAAGCAUAUCAAAAUACUUCAUAUAUCGAAAUCAUUAGACGAUUGUUCUCACAUUUACCUGCUAUUCGAGCUUCUCAAUACCAUUCUCACUCUUGCAUUGCUUUCAUACAACAUAAUGAUGAACAUUAAUCUGAGUGAGACUGCUUUGAUCAUCAAUUUUUUUGUCUACAUGUACUUCAUGACAGUACUCGUAUUUGCUAAUUGUUAUAUGAGUCAAUGUUUAGAGAAGGAGGCUAUGAAUCUGUUCUAUGCAUUUUAUGAACACGAUUGGAGCAAUCUGCCACUGCCAUAUCAGAAAGCGUUCAUAAUCUGUAUGCUGCGUGCUCAAACACCGUUGCACAUCACAGCCGGAAAAUUCUACGAGUUCUCCUUGAGUGGUUUUACAAGUAUCAUGAAAUCAUCAAUGGCCUUUGUCUCAAUGUUGAGGGCAACGAUUUGAAAUUAGGACAUUUUUGUCUCACGCAUAUUAUAAGGAUACAAAAUCUUUUGGUGCAAUUGUGCAACAUCAAGGGUCUG